GCAACGCAGCGACAAACUGUGAAUGGAUGAUAACCAGAGUUAACAGAGGAGACUGUUUUCAACUUCUCUCACAUGAAGGACAACUUUUUAUGAAACAACCGCAUCUCCGAUCUUACACCUCGACUUGUAACAGCCGCGCGUAAAAUUGGGUUUAAACAUGGUGAGCAGCGCCUUGGCGACAGUGACGACCCUCGUGUCUCUGUGUUACUGCGCGUUGGCCACACAGGUCGCCUUCUCCAACUUUUCCACGGACAACGAGGUGCGUUCCAGCUUCAUCCAGCGGCGGCUGCGGAGCCAGGAGCGCAGGGAGAUCCAGCGGGAGAUCCUCUCCAUCCUGGGGCUGCCGCACCGUCCGCGGCCCCACGUCCACACCAAACACAACGCUGCCCCCAUGUUCAUGCUGGACCUGUACAACACCAUCUCUACUGAUGUGGGACCACCCGGUUAUUCCUAUUACAAACCCGUGGUACCGACCCACGCUUCCCCCAUGGUGACCCCUCAGGACAGCCGCUUCUUAGUGGACGCGGAUAUGGUGAUGAGUUUUGUCAACACUGUGGACCAGGAUCAGGAUCUCUUCUACCAGCAACAUCGGAGAGAAUUUCGUUUUGACCUUUCCCGUAUUCCAGAGGGAGAGGCUGUCACGGCAGCAGAGUUCAGGGUUUACAAGGAUUUCAUCCAUGAGCGCUUCGAGAAUGAGACAUUCAAAGUCAGCGUCUACCAGGUCCUGCAGGAGAGCUCAAAAGGUGAAGUGGAGCUGUUGCUGCUGGACCAGCGAGAUGUUUGGGCUGCAGAGGACGGCUGGCUGGUUUUCGACCUGACCCCCACCAGUAACCUGUGGCUGGUCAAACCUGAGAAGAACCUGGGCCUGCACCUGGUCCUGGAGGACAGCCACGGUCAGUCAGUGAACCCCCGCCUGGCCGGGCUGGUGACGGGCAGUGGACCCCAGGACAAGCAGCCCUUCAUGGUCGUCUUCUUCAAAGCCAGCGAGGUUCGCUUCCGUAGCGUCCGUUCUGCCCACGGCCACAAGGGGCGCCAGUCAAACCGCUCCAAACCCCAGAGGACCGUUCAGGACGCACUAAAGGCAGUUGAAGCUGCAACAGGUGACUACACUAACCUCGGCUUUUCUAAAGAGGGAUGUAAAAAACAUGAGCUGUAUGUCAGUUUCAGGGAUCUUGGUUGGCAGGACUGGAUCAUAGCACCAGAGGGAUAUGCAGCAUACUACUGCGAAGGCGAAUGUGCUUUCCCACUCAACUCCUACAUGAACGCCACGAAUCAUGCUAUAGUGCAGACUCUGGUGCACUUUAUCAAUCCGGAGACGGUGCCCAAGCCCUGCUGCGCUCCCACGCAACUCCACGGCAUCUCCGUGCUCUACUUUGACGACAGCUCCAACGUCAUCCUCAAGAAGUACCGCAACAUGGUGGUCAGAGCCUGCGGCUGCCACUGAUCACUCGUCCUCCUCCUGUGAGCUUUGACAAACAUGGAGGGCUUGACU